AGCUAGCAUGCGCCAGGUUGUGGAAUGGAAUUAUUCCUUUAUAGUGUAUGAUUAUUAAUUUCCUACAGUGUCAAUGUAAGUAACGAGCGUCCCACUCCCUCAUUGUUGACUUAGUUGCUUAUUUAGCAACCAUGGAGGAGAUAGCCUGAGACGGUUUUUGAAGAACACUUGUAGAUCCUUACUGAGUUCGGCCAUUAGAGAUGAACAAUUUGGAAAGAAUCGAUCCAUCUCAAGAAAUUGAAGGACCACGUCCAGGUGACUCAACUGAACCUAUAACAACGAACAUUCAGGGAGCUGUGAGAGUGGACAUUCACAUUGCACUACCAAACACAUCAUCACCCAGUCAAAUUUUCACCCCUGGAAGAGAGGAUUAUCUGAAUCUCUGUGUUCCUCUGUAUCAAGCUGCUCUGAAAGGUAAAUGGAAAGAUGCCAAAGUAAUAAUUGAUAAGAACAACCAUAUUGUACGUGCAGCAGUUACUCGUAAUCAGGAGACGACUCUUCACAUUGCUGCUGCUACAAAGCACAAGACAUUUGUGAAACAUCUGCUUAAAGAAAUGAGUAAAAGUGAUUUGGCCCUGAAGAACAAAGAUGACAACACAGCGAUUUGUUUUGCCGCUGCCGCGGGAACUAAGAAGAUUGCUGAAAUGAUGGUCGAUAAAAAUGAAGAUCUUCCAAUGAUUCGAGGCAAUGGAAAAGUGACUCCACUUUACAUGGCUGCUUUGUUUGGACAUAGGGAGAUGGUUUUGUACCUUUAUGACAAGACAGACUUUGAAAGACUAGGUGCUUCCGAGCUUGUUGAUCUCUUUCAUGCAAUCAUAGGAGCUGAUAUCUAUGAUGUUGCUCUGAGGAUGUUUGAGUGGAAGCAGUCGUUAGCCACUUCGCAAAAUAGUAGUAGAGAGAUUGCUUUGCACUUAAUGGCCCGGAAACCUACAGCAAUUGGCCGUGAGAGACAGCUCAAUAUCUUUAAGAGACUAGCAAACUCCAUUUUUGAAGGUCUCUUCUUUGAGGAUAAAAUGAUGGCUUUAGCUCAUCAACUGGUCGAGAGAAUGUGGAAAUUGGUUGUGAAGGAACCUGAGCCCAUAGUCUCAGAAUUACUUAGGACACCAACGAGGUUACUCUUCGAUGCUGCAUCAUCAGGGAACGUUGAGUUUCUAGUGAUUCUAAUCCGUGCAUAUCCUGAUCUUCUAUGGAAAGUAGAUGAGAAGAACCAGAGCCUGUUUCACAUUGCUGCACUAAACCGUCAUGAAAGCAUCUUUAAUAUCAUUUACGAACUUGGUUCCAUCAAGGAUUUGAUAGCGGCAUAUAAGGAGGUUUCAACUAGAAACAAUAUGUUGCACCUCGUAGCUAGCUUGCCUCCUCCAGGUCGUUUGCAAAUAGUGUCCGGGGCAGCACUUCAAAUGCAAAGAGAACUUCUUUGGUUCAAGGCUGUGAAAAAGAUUGUCCCUCAUUCAUACAUCAAGGCUAAAAACAGCAAAGGAGAAGUGGCACAAGAUCUCUUUACAGAGCAACACAAAGAACUGCGAAAAGAAGGAGAGAAAUGGAUGAAAGAUACUGCAACCUCAUGCAUGCUCGUCUCAACUUUGAUAGCCACUGUGGUUUUUGCUGCGCCUUUUACAGUACCAGGCGGGAUUAAUGACACAACCGGGUUCCCCAUCUUUAAGAAUAAGCUGUGGUUCAAUGUUUUCCUAUUGUCAGAUGCAGUUGCUCUUUUUUCUUCAUCAAUUUCAAUAGUGAUUUUCCUCUCUAUCCUCACUUCAAGGUACGCUGAAGAUGAUUUUCUGGUAUCGCUACCCUCGAGACUAAUGUUAGGGCUGUUAGCCUUGUUUGUCUCCAUAAACAGUAUGGUCAUAUCCUUCAGUGCUACACUGUUCUUGAUCCCAGACUGGAGUUUUGCAUGGAACCUUACUCUCCUCAUCUGCCUUGCUUUCAUCAUCUCUCUGUCAUUUGCUCUGCUACACGUUAAGCUUUGGUUCGACACUCUUCGCUCCGCCUAUUGGUCCAAGUACCUUUUUCAGUCACGAAGCCGGAGAUUAUAUCUUUGAAAGGUCUUGCCUUUACUUUCCUUGAAAGGGCAUAUAUGGCUUUCUAGAAUUUCAGUUUUAUUUGGUUCAAGAUAAAAGUCUAUUAAGACGUGGUUCCAUACAAGACCUGGUCCUGAUUAUGAAUAUGGCAACUUGACUGAUUCAUUUUCUGUUUUGCUUUUCUUCUCUUGGACGUAAUUUCCAUGUUCUCUCGUCUCUAAUAAAUAAAUCAUGUUCUUAAACUUAUACUCGUCCCUGGACGGCAACUCUUAACAAAGUCAGAACAAGCUAAAGAAUGGAAAGUAACUUGGCUCCCAUCUUGAUGAAAAUAAUAAAAACACAUCAAUGUAUUACAUAGAGCAUCAAUGCUUUUUUUUUUUUGACUAAAUAGAGCAUCAAUCAUCAAUGUAUCGAAGGUUCCUUGCUUUUUUUUUCUGUUGCAACGCACUACUCGGAUGUGUUCGUCCUUGACUCGUUGUCAAGGUGCAGUAUCAAUGAAGAAAAAAGCAUGUCUUUGGAUGAAUAAUAACAUGUAUGAACAGUAGAGGAGAUGAAAAGUAAAAUAUUUACUUUUUUUUUAUUAUGUAAGCUGAUCCCCUAGAAGUCUUUCCCACGGGAAAUUUCAAAAGAAUUAACACCAUGAAGUUUAUUAAGUCACAGUUAUUUUAUAGCUGAUCCCCUAGUAGUCUUUGGCUUUCCUAUAAAGUUAAAACUAUUUUAUAAACUAUUGGAACCACAGUUAUAAACAUGAGGGGAAUUAAGUUUCUCUCUCUAUUUUCUCUUUCCAAUAUUUUCCUAGUCAUCCCUUAUAUAUUAAAAGAUAAACAUUAUAAUAAAUGUGUUCACACUAAAACUUCCUCUCCUUUCUAAAUGUAAUAACCAUAUAAUUUACCCAUUUAAUGUCAUGUAGUAAUGGAAAAUCUAAUUAAUGGGUAUACUUGGACAAUAAUCCAAGUAAAAUAAAUGCCACUAAUAACGAUAUAUGAGUAUACUUAGAAAAUAAUCUUAUUACAGUAGAACAUCUAUAAAUUAAUACUCGAUAAAUUAAUAAUUUCUAUAAAUUAAUAAAUUUUACUGGUCCAAACUUGAGCUGGUUCAAGAUUUAACACAAAUCGAUAAAAUAAUAAGAUAAUAAUUUUUAUAAAAAUUCUAUGUAAAUAUAUGGUCUCAUUAAAAAUAUAAAUUAAUAAUUAUAUGUAUACAUAUUUUAUAUAGUAAAAACCAAUUAUUAUAUUAUUAUUUUUUAUAUCCACAAUGGAAGUAUUUUUUAUAUUCUCUUAACACUUAAUAUAUUUUUGAUAAGAUUUAGUAGUAUUAUAUCUAAAACCACAUUUAAGAUCUAUGCAAUAUAUAUUAUAUACUCCAAAUAAUAUAAUAAAAUUAAUAUAAAUGUCCAAUUUCAAAAAAUAACAAUUAAUUUCUACACACUAAAAUCAAAUAUUUUUCUUAUCUUAGAAUAAACAUAUCUUAAAAUAAAAAAUCUAAAUAAAGAAACUUUUAUAAAUUAAUAUCUCUAUAAAUUUAUAAAAUUUCAAAGUCUCAACAUUAUUAAUUUAUAGAGUCUCAAUAUUAUUAAUUUAUAGAGGUUCUACUGUACUAUAAAUGCCUUCAACUUUAAACUGUAAUAUUAUUUUCUCAAGAUGAUUUGGUAAAUCAGUUAUUGCUCGACGUUAUUUAUUGCUGGACGAUUAGGGGAUGCACGUUAUUUAUUUCUCGGCGUUUUUAAUUUUUAAUUAUGUUAUAGAAAGCUUAAUAAUGACAAGAGAGGUCCAUUGUAACAAAAAAUGUAAUCCUCUAAAUAUUAAUUGAUGAACAUUUGAAAAGAUGUAACCUCAAUUUUGUAAUAAUUAAAAAAUACCUCUUGCUUAUUUGUCAAUCAAUUAGGUAGUUAAUUAGUCAUACGUGUCAGCCGCACAUUGAAAUUGAAAAACAUGUUGGUCCAAUUCAAUUUUUAUAUCUCACUAUAAACAUUUAAUACCAACUAUAUGAUAUUAUAUGAUAUUAACUAAAGAAAUGUGUUUAUUUAUUAUAUAUAAAAGUUACAUAAUUAUCUAAUGUGAUUAUGAUAUAUAUAUAGUAAUUAAUAAUUUUAAAUAAUGAAGAUUUGCUAAUAAUUUGUAUGCAUUCUAUCAUUUUUGUUUAAUUCUUGAUUAUUAAAAUAAAUUACAAAAUUACAUUA